AUGGAGUGUGUAAACGACACUGUGGUCAAAGAGUUUGUCUUCCUUGGCUUCUCAUCGCUGGCUGAGCUGCAGCUGCUGCUCUUCAUUGUCUUCCUGCUCCUCUAUCUGUUUACUCUGAGCACCAACGCCGUCAUCGUUUCCACCAUUGCGCUGGACAGAGCCCUUCACACCCCCAUGUACUUCUUCCUUUCCGUCCUCUCCUGUUCUGAGACCUGCUACACCUUUGUCAUCGUGCCUAAGAUGCUGCUUGACUUGCUGUCUCGGAAGAAGAGCAUCUCCUUCCUUGGUUGUGCCAUCCAAAUGUUCACCUUCCUCUUCCUCGGUUGCUCCCACUCCUUCCUACUGGCAGCCAUGGGUUAUGAUCGCUACGUGGCCAUUUGCCACCCUCUGCGCUACACAGUGCUCAUGGGACACAGGGUAUGUGCUGGGCUAGUAGCUGCUGCCUGUGUCUGUGGCUUCACUGUGGCGCAGAUAAUCACAUCCUUGGUGUUUCGCCUACCCUUCCACUCUUCCAAUCAACUCCAUCACUUUUUCUGUGACAUCUCCCCUGUUCUCAAGUUGGCAUCCCACCUCUCCCACUUCAGUCAGAUGAUCAUUUUCCUGCUUUGUGCAUUGGUCCUGGUUAUCCCUCUAUUGUUGAUCUUGGUAUCAUACAUUCACAUCAUUUCUGCCAUCCUCCAGUUUCCUUCCUCGUUAGGCAGGUACAAAGCAUUUUCCACCUGUGCUUCUCACCUCAUUGUUGUCAUAGCUCACUAUGGAUGUGCCUCUUUCAUCUACCUAAGGCCCAAGUCCAACUACUCCUCAAGCCAGGAUGCUCUGAUAUCAGUAUCCUAUACUAUCCUAACUCCACUAUUCAACCCAGUUAUCUACAGUUUGAGAAACAAAGAGUUCAAAUCAGCUCUUCAUAGGGUUAUAGGAAGAACAGUUGCACUAAGACAAUGUUAA